AUGUUUUAUGAAAAUUUAAUUCCUUAUUAUUCACCGUACGAAGAAGAAAAAUUUCUUCGUCAAAUGGAUACAUUAAAUCAACAACAACAAAAUUCCUUUUAUUGUAAUAAUAAAAGAAAAGACUGUUCAUCAUCGUCAUCAUCUUUAUUAAAUCCGUCUAUGUUAAAUAAAUCACCAACUUCUUCGUCGUCUUUUUUCCCGACAUUAACAAAUAAACCUAUAUCGAAGAAAGUUAUGCAUUCAACAGAUGCUUUAUCUUUUUGUCAUACAAUCUAUAUAACAAUUAAAAAACGUCGAAAUACACCAUCUUGUUCAUCAUCAUCACCAUCACUUAAUUAUACUCAUCAAUCACCUGAAGAUUCUCAGCUUCUUUUAUUACCCGACAUCUGUUGUAUUAUACCAACGACUUCAAAUACCCCGUCAAAUAAUACUCUUCUUAGUCCUACUAGUCCUGAAUCAGGCAGUUCUAUAAUAAAAUCGACGAAUUUUACAGGUUCAGUACCAACAAGUCGAGCUGAAAUUCGUCAUAAAAGUGAAAUUGAAAUUGAAGUUAAACAUGAAAAACAACGACAAACAAAUGCUAAUAAUAAUACUAAUAAUAAUAAUAACAUCUCACCAAUAUCAACAUCAUCAUAUCCAUCAGUUCCACGACCAACAACAUUAAUAAAUAAACGAGUACCAACAAUACUUGCUGAUGAACAAUCCGGAUCACAACCAUAUCAAAACAAUACAAAACGUCGUAUAUUAACAAAUUCAAUUCAAACUCAAACACCACCAUUGCAAUUAAAUCAACAUGAUCAUCAUGUACAACAACAACAACUUAAAGCUCUGACAGAUGAAUCAUUAUCAAAAAAUGAAAAGAUCCAAGCUAUUCUACGCGAACUCACUGAUUAAGAAGAACACAGUAACGACGAAAAGAAACUCUUAUCUCUUUUACAAGAAUCUCAUGAAGAACGUGAUGAGUUAUUAAGUCAACAGCGACAAACACAUGAACGUAUACAAAAAUUAGAAGAACAGUUAAAACAUUACGAAAGUGAAGCAGCGAAAAUGCGUGAUAAUGUCUUAUGUUCAAAAAUAAAACUUGAAAAAAAAUCUGAUGAAAAUGAACGUUUAACAAAUGAUUUCAGUGAAAUGAAAAAAUCAUAUGAACGUCUUGAACAAGAGAAUCAAAAACUAAAAUUACAAGUCGAUCAUGAACGAAAAAAGGCUGAAGAAUCUACAAAAUCAAAAGCUUUAUCCGAUAUUGAAUUACAAAAUAUUCAAGAAAAGCUACGUGCACAACGUUAUGAACAUGAAACAAAAAUUGCAACAUUAGAUGAAACAUUAAAAUAUUCACAAAAACAAUAUCAAACAUUACAACAAAAUUAUCGUACAAUUGAAGAUAAACAUGAAAAAGAAAUUCAUAGUUUAAAAGAACAUAUUAAUGAAUUAGAAAUCAAAAUUGAAGAAGUUAUUAAAGAUAAAGCAUUAGCAUCAAUACGUUGUGGAGAAUUAAUUGAAGAAAAUCGUAAAUUAGAAAAAGCUUUAAUUGAUAAAGAAGAUGAUUAUGAAGAAAAAAUAGCUGAAUAUAGAGAAAAAAAUUCUUUAUUAUCAGCACAAAUUGAAGAUGUCGAAAAAAAAUUAGCUGACACAAAAAAACAACUUGAAUUAGUUACUAUUGAAAAAGAUGAAACUUUAGCUGAUAUGUUAAUUGCUGUACGAGUUGCAAGUGAAAUGCGACAUGAUGCCGAAGAUCGAUUAAGUAAAGCUACAGAUGAUCUUAAACGUGUUACAGAACAUAUUGAACAAGAAAAAGCAAUUAAUAAAGAAGUUCAACGAAGACAGAUGCAAUUACCACCAACAAGCCGAAAUAAUAAUGGGUUUUCUGACUUUGGUCAUAUAAGAAUUAAAGAAAUGAUCCGAACAUUAGAAGCUAAUUCACGAAAUAACUCCUUAAAUAAUCAUAUUGAAUCUCCAAUUCGUCAACGACCUUUAUCACAACCAUGUACACGUACAGAAACCAAUGCUAUAUUAACAAAUACUCAUCAUCGGCAAUUUGGUACAACAACCGAUGAUGCUAAACUUUUAUCAACAACAGGAAAACAUGAUUCUCCAUCAUCGUCAUCUUGUAUAAAUACUAGUCAUCGAUCAGAUAUUUCCAUUCGAUCGAUUACAAAUGAACAAUAUGAUGAAAUGAAAUCAAUAGUCGAAGCUGUUUUUGCACGAAUGCCAGGAAGUGUUUGUAAACGUGAUGCUUUAUUAAAAUGGUGUGGUGAAAAAUUAGCUAAUUAUGGAAUAUCAAUAACAAAUUUUUCAAAUUCAUGGACAGAUGGUAUUGCAUUUUGUUCAUUAUUACAUUCUUAUUUACCUGAUCGUAUUGAUCUUGAUAUAAUUAAAAAUGAAGCAAAAAAAAAACGUUUUGAAAUUGCUUUUAAUGUUGCAAGUAGUGUUGGAAUUGUAUCAAUAUUGGAUGUUGAAGAAAUGUGUUCAUCUGAAUGGCCUGAUUGGGAACGUGUAAUGUAUUAUGUUGCAUUGAUAUUUCGUCAUUUUGAAGGAUUAACAUCAAGUCAACCAAUAUCACCAUCGAUGCCAAUACCACAAGCAACGUCAUCACCUCUGUCAUCAUCUAACUCUUCACCAACGUUUUCAAGUUCAUCAUCAUCAUCAUCUUCGUCAUUAUGUGCAUCACUUCGAACAUCAAAUUCAAUUCCAACAACACUUUGUUCAGCAUUACAGACUGUAUAA